AUGAUCGACCGGACUCUGCGGCCACUUGCGCUGCUGGUGGCAGCGGCCUCGCUUGUCGCCGUCGCCCGGGGGGCCUACCCCUUGACGACCGACUCCAACUGCCACUGCUACAAGACCAACGCAACAUCGGCUAACUACUUUGCCCACCACAACUUCUUUGACUUCCGCUCGCUCGCCCAGUAUGCCAGGGUGCCGAAGCCGCUCGACAGCUUCGAGGCCAAUGCGGCGGCGCCGCCAGUAGCGGCCUUCUUCACGUCGGCGCAAUGGGCGGGCGCGUGGGACAUCCAGAACUGGAACAAUACGGCGCAGCUGGCCAUGAACAAGUCGGACAUCAGCGACGCGACGGUCAAGAUGGUCAACAGCCCCAACAACAUCUACAUUGAGCGCAACACGGACCCGGGCAACAACGGGCAGUCGACGUGGAUGACGAUGCGUACGGUGCGGCACUCGACGUUCCAGAGCUCGAGCGAGAUCGAGUCGCACAGCACAGGGUACCAGUUUGUGUCGAUACGCAUGUAUGCGCGCACCAAGGGCGCCAAGGGCGCCGUGACGGCCAUGUUCACGUACCGGCCGCCGCCGACGCCGACCAAUAUCUCGCUCGUGCAGGAGGCCGACCUCGAGAUCCGCACGCAGGACCCGCCCGUGUACGUGCAGUACACGAACCAGCCGUCGUGGAACAGCACCAGCGACAUCCCCGACGCGACGCGCAACGUGUCGCUGCCGGGCGGCCGCCGCUGGAGCGACUGGGCCUACUACCGCAUGGACUGGACGCCCGGCAGCAGCACGUGGUACGUCAACGGGCAGCUGGCCAGCACCAUCUCGUUCCAGGCCCCGCGCGACCCGGCCCAGGUCAUGUUCAACUCGUGGAGCGACGGUGGCUCGUGGUCCGGCCACAUGCCCCUCAACUCCGAGGCCUACCUGCAGAUGCAGUGGAUCGAGAUGGUAUACAACAACACGGACCCCGGCGCCGUCAAGACGGGCAAAUGCAUCAACGUGUGCAGCAUCGACGAGACCACAAAGAUUGGCCAGCCCGUGCUCAUCACCGGCGUCCCGCCGCCGCCCGCGCCCGCCCAGCCCGGCGCCUGCGCCGCCGCCAGGUACGCGCAGUGCGCCGGCAAGAACUGGAACGGCUGCAGCACGUGCGCCGCCGGCACCACGUGCAAGUUCCAGAACGACUACUACUCGCAGUGUCUGUAG